GGUGUUUGUGCGACACAUGGCCAAGACGCAGAGACGUGAGGCGACACAACAGUCGGGGGUCCGUCUGUGUCAGUUCUUUGGUGUCAGCUUGGAAAGCCAGAUCAAGCAGAUUCCCACCAAGUACAGCCAGGCGGAGUCCACCAAGUUCCUGGUGCUCACGGUGGUCUCCAUCUUGUGCAUCGUGGCCGUUCUGCUAGGCUCCACCGUCAUCUACUGCCUCCGCCAUCGAUCCCACCACAAGCUGAAGGAGAAGCUCACCAACCUGGGAACAGACACCGGGAACGAUGCUACCUCCACCUAUCAGGAGCUGUGUCGGCAGCGCAUGGCGGUGAAACCUCCGACGGAGCGCAGCGAGCCGAUCUCCUCCAGGAUCAACAGCGUGUCGUCUCAGUUCAGCGAUGGAGGUCCGGCCGUCAGCCCCUCGGCUCGCAGCAGCAUCUCCUCCUGGAGCGAGGAGCCCGCUCACCACAACAUGGACAUCUCCACCGGACACAUGAUCCUGUCCUACAUGGAGGACCACAUGAAGAAUAAGGACCGCCUGGCGAAGGAGUGGGAGGCUCUGUGUGCGUAUCAGGCCGAGCCCAACGCCUGCACCGUGGGUCUGAAGGAGGGGAACACCAAGAAGAACCGCUCCUCCGCUGUGGUAGCAUAUGAUCACUCCAGAAUCCCCUUGAAGGUGGAGAACAGCCAAGGAAACUCUGAUUACAUCAACGCCAGCCCCAUCAUGGAUCAUGAUCCGAGGAACCCGGCCUACAUCGCCACUCAAGGCCCACUGCCCUCCACAGUGGCUGAUUUCUGGCAGAUGGUUUGGGAGAACGGCUGUGUUGUUAUUGUGAUGUUGACUCCUCUGGUGGAGAGCGGGCUGAAGCAGUGCUACCACUACUGGCCGGACGAGGGGUCCAACCUGUACCACAUCUACGAGGUGAACCUGGUGUCCGAACACAUCUGGUGCGACGACUUCCUGGUUCGUAGCUUCUACCUGAAGAACAUGCAGACCAACGAGACCCGGACCGUGACUCAGUUCCACUUCCUCACCUGGCUCAACCAGAACGUUCCAGAGACCAGCCGCACGCUGCUGGACUUCCGCAGGAAAGUCAACAAAUGCUACCGCGGACGCUCCUGUCCCAUCAUCGUCCACUGCAGUGAUGGUUCUGGAAGAAGCGGAACAUACGUCCUGAUCGACAUGGUGCUCAACAAGAUGGCUAAAGGUGCCAAGGAGAUUGAUAUUGCAGCGACUCUGGAGCACCUGAGGGACCAGAGGCCAGGAAUGGUUCAGACCAAGGACCAGUUUGAGUUUGCGUUGACGGCCGUUGCUGAGGAGGUGAACGCCAUCUUGAAAGCUCUUCCUCAGUAGGAAGAAGCAGCUGGAACUCCUCUUCUUCCUCCUAUGUCUCACCUAGAGGACUUUCCCAAGAUGUCCUCUUCCCAUCGCCUCAACUUCCUGUUUCCAUCUUCUCCUUUCUCCUCAUUUUUUCCUCUUGCUUCCUUCUCACCUUGUCUCCUCUUGUAUUAACUCCUCCUCUUUCCAACCCUAUCCUCCUUUUCCUUUUCCCAUCCCACUUUUUCCAAACACCUUAUCUUCCUUUGCUUUCCUUCUCAACAUUCCUCCUUUCCCUUUUGCCUUUUUAUUAUUAUAAAUGUCUCCUUAUGUUUCCUAGUUUUCUCCUCUCGUCUCCUACCCUGUUACCUCAUCCUCGCCUCCUUUCCUUUUCCCAACCCAGUUUUCCCAAUCUCCUUUAGUCCUUUGGUCCAAAUACUUCCUUGUUUCCUCCAUAUCUCCCCAACGUGUCUCCUUUCCCUUCUGUCGUCUUUCUCCCAAUGUGUCCUCCUUUCCUAGCCUAACUUUCCUAAUGUCCCUUCUCGUCUCCUAACCUUUUACCUCCUCUUCUUUCCAACUCAUCCUCCCCUCGUUUCCUUUUUCCUAUCCCAGUUUUUCCAAUCUUCUUUAGUCCUUGUUUCCUCCUAACAUCCCCAACUUUUCUCCUUUCCCUUCUGUCGUCUUUCUCCCAAUGUCCUGUCCUACCCUAACUUUCCUCAUUUCCUCCUCUUGUCUCCUCUCCUUUGACCUUCCCUCCUCCCACAUCCCCCCCCCUCUCUUCUUGCAUCCCAUUAAACAUCGUGCCAGGAAUCCUUUGAAUCCUGAAAAUAGACCUUCCUUCUGUUGUAAUGAUCCAAACAGCCUGUUUUUCCAAAGUGACAUUUAGACAUAUUUUCAUAGAUGGAUACAAAUGUUUCCGUGGUAUAUUUAUCAUAGUUUUCUGGUUAAUUGCUAUUUGGUUUGCGUGUGUUUGUAUCACAGAAUCGUAUUUGUGUUUUUAGAGCUAUGCUUUCUGAUAUGUUCAAAGUCAAAAUGCAACUCAUCUGUGAUCUUAGAUCAGAUUUCUCUUUCUUAACGGUAAUGAAAAAAACUGUCUAUUGGGUGUUUCCAAAGUUUGUGACUCCAUCUUCAAUCGUCCUUUUAUCGUGAGGAAGAUCUUGGGACUGGAUGUGAGCUGGGAUAACAGAUUAUUCUUUAAUGUUUGAUUCUCAUUAUCCAAGUAGCAAUAUAGUUUCUCCAACCUGAAUCGGCUUGUCACUGAAGUCACACUCAUGUCUGCCUUAAUAAAAAACACGUUUAGCCUCGUGGAAACUCGGCUAGUUGGCAACGCUUAAUUUUAAAAUGGCUUUGGCAUGACAUGCAUUGUUUGGUUAUCUCUGGGCAGGAAGUUACUUUCUUGUUAAACGGCAGUGAUCUUAUGUACUAAAUAAAACAUAAAUGAACACAGGGAAGAGGCCAUUAUAAAAGCAAGUGUUUCCGUGCAGUCUUUCAAGGUUAAAUCAAAUAGUCUUGCUUCUGAACAGCAGUUCUUCUAUGUAGCAUUAAUGGAUGAUUUGUACAUGUUUAGUAGCUAUAACUAUUGUUUUUCUGUGACACUCAUCAGCUUGUUUCCCCCAAAACAACUUGCUGUAACAUCCAUUAUCUUAAGAUACAUAAAACAGCUUUUAGUUUGUGUAAAAUCAACUUCAUUCCAAUACUUUCAAUUCAUUGUAUGAGCAGUUUUAAUGAUCCUUUACCAGGGGCGGACUGGCCAUCGGGAUGUUCGGGACAAAUCCCGAUGGGCCUGUCGGACGAUGUGGGCCGGUCGGAGAAGUCACUAGCACCCUCCCUCCCCCCGUUGACAAUUUACUAGCGGUAGUUACUCAGCAGUACCGAAGUGGGCCGGGCUGAUUUGUAGUCCCAGUCCGCCCCUGUCCUGUACCCCCAAAUCUCCCUGUCCGGUCUUAUUUUAAAUCACUAAUAAUACGACGCUUUAGCGCAUGGUUAUUUAUCAGCAGAUGGCUGUGCUGUAUUUUCCCGAGGCCUCAAGGAGAUCUUAGCAGACAAACAAAUGGUGACUGUGUAUUGCUCCCAGAGGCUCCGAGGAUCUUAAAUUGCCAAAGCCAAGGUCUUAACUGAGCAGAUGAUGGGUAAAGGGAGUUGACAAGCUGCUGCAGUAUGGAUGUGAUGUAAUACUGCAGCAAGCUGGUGUCAUGUUGUUGGAAUCUGAUCCAUUUUUCACCACAAAUUUGAAAACAUGCUGCAGGAAAUGUUCUGUAAGAGCUUGUUUGAUGUAGAAGAGUAUCUUAAUGCUUCUGCCUUUUGAAAGAUACAAUAAUGUCACUCGUAAAAAUGUGGAAAUACGUGAAACUGCUUGGAAGAAUUGAAAUUAUCUGAUUCUAACAGACAUUUUUAAAGAGUCAAAUGUUAAAACAAGGGUUGCUCAAAAUGUCAUUUUCCCCAUGCUUCUCUGUCUCUUUCACUCUCCAUCAAGUAUCAAUAGAUGGUCUGUUGCAUUAACACUCUGUACAUAAACCAACAAAAAAGAAAAAAAACAGAAGAUAUUUUGUUCUAUUGGUGUAAACAAAUUGUGAAUAAAGUCUAAUUGUCGAUGCAGUAUCGUGAUGCAAUCCUGA